CACGGAUUUUAGGGGUCUAAUUUUUGUUCUCUCACCAGACUCGAUCACCGCGAAUAUACUGUCCCAAAGAUGAUGAUGCCCUCAGGAGGUAAUGCAAUCCUUCCAAAACGCCCAACUCUAUCAACAAUGAUAGAGAAACGAGGCUCAUGGGCGCCUCGCGCCUCCAGCAAUACAAGUUGUGUGGUCAAACCGGCUUCCGGACCUAACCUCCUCAUCCUUUUGCAUCAUCUCUUGACUUACUAUUGUACUAUUCGCCUCCACAGCUCAACCUGGGUUGGUGAUUUUCCCCGUUACCUAAAGCAACAGUAUCAUUAUUCCGCAGCUUCGACCAUUAGGUCCCGACCGUCUGACGGAACUGAAUUCGCGAUCUCGAGAUCAACUUGUAGCUUCCCAGUCAAUGGGAUUUAUGGUGAGUCGUCCUCGGGUAGUUGUGGCAGUAGAUAGCCUCUCUCUCGACUACCUACCUAGCUAUAGGGUUGAGUGCAAAUGCUAACAUGGCUCUGGUGCAAGUGUCCAACGCUACAUUUAAAUCAGUGGAACGUUGUCACGCAGGCAAUCAAUACCUAUAUAAGCGAUCCAGUCCGCAGGGCGGAUUGAUAGCAUGUCUUUCAGCGGGUCGCGGUCCCCCAGGGACUCCACUCGCACUUUAUUCUAUAACCCCAACCCGCAGGAUGAAUUGACCACGGAUGCUGGUACAGGAUUCGAUCAAAAUGGCCAACACUCCUGGGGUCGCAGCGGGUACGACGCAGCAGAUCCUAGCAUAGAUCUACGGCCUGGUCAGAUCUGGGCUGCAUCCGCCAACACCUUUGAUCAAUUUAGACAGGUGUCGCAAGUCGGUAGUCCCGGUACGUGGUUGGAUCAAAAUUAUACGGCGCCGACAAUUUCGGGAGGACUGAGCACAUUGGAAGGUGCUAGGGCUUAUGGUUCUUCUCGGGUACUAGCCGUUCCUGCCCCACCAUAUAGCCCCGAGUCCCCCACGCAAACGCCGUCACCCCCACAACCAUCACACCGAUACAAAUGCAGCAGUAGCGAUUGUGGCAUGUCAUUCAAAAAAUCGAGCGACUUAAAGCGACACUACUCGACCGUUCAUCGGUCCGGGACCGAUCCGCAAUAUAUUUGCAGGUGUGGCCACGAUGGUACACGUAAAGAUAAUUAUAUUCGACACGUGAAAACAUGCAAGGGCCCGUAUUCCUAUAAUAGCAUGUACUUUUGCAAAUGCGAUCGGUCCUCCGUGGACGAGAGCGAGCAUAUCGCUCACAUACGUCAUUGUCCGAGGCCUGCUUCUGCAGUGGUGUCUGAGCGAAACUUUCACUGAAGAGAUUUACGAUUAUCACAAGAUCGUACAGACAAUAGCCAGGAUAAAUUUGGUGGUGAAAGGACUUGAAUGAAAACCGGGGUAGUCAAGAAUGUUUCCUCUACUAAAUAUCAUGGAAGAAUCUAUAACACAAAAGAAGAAAAAAAAAAACGGAAAAUUUGAUUAAAAUGGGGGAC